AAAUCCCUCACCGGAAGUGUGAUAGUUUGGACGGAUGCUAGCCUGACGGGUGAGGAGGCGUCGGUCCGUCCAGGAACAAACUGGAGAAACACGCACAAGUGAUGAAUGUGGUGUUUACACCCCGAGGCUUCAGUCCGCGCGCUGCCGAGGAACAACCAGGCGGAUUCUACAAACUACUUUCCCUCCGAGUCGGAGGAGUCCGGACGGUGUCCGGGGAACUCUGGUGAUCCAGUCCGCAGUCAGCAGCGCUGUUUGGGGGCUGACGCACAAGCAGGAGACGAGAGGAAAGCGGCGGAGGGUGGGGGGCUGUCACAGCAGCAGGCUAGGCUAGGCUAGGCUAGGCUAGGCUAGGCUAGGCUAGGCUAGGCUAGGCUAGCUAAUUAGCACGCUAGGCUAACCGCUUCAGCCCCCAGAAUACACUGAACUUUGAGAAACUUUGUAAAGUCAUUAACAGGAGCUUUGUGUUUAAUCGAACACUACCUUAAUCCCCCGAUAAAAUAAGAGUCACACAAGUUAACCGCCCUAAACGACAGCGUUAGCCAGGCUAGUUAGCCUUCUAGUUAGCUCCCGUCAGCGCUGUGAACACAUCGAGGCUGACAGCAGGAUGCAGCGGAAAUAAACCAGCGCACCUUGUCGACAUCCACAGAAAUACAUGAAGCAGCGUUUAAAAGCCAACACGGAACUAUUAGACAUGAACAUCAUCUCCGGGCUGUAAGUUAAUGUGAUGUGCGGCUAACAGCUCUAAACUUGCCUUUUAAUUUCCAAAAACAUUAAUGGACUUUUUCUGUUUAUUCGGUGCGUUUGGACGGUGUUUGUUGGGUUGAGCUAACUUGACUGUAACUGUAAGCUGUCGGGGAGUGUUUUCGUUAGCAUGGAGGGACGGGAGCCCGGCAGCAGCAGCUCCGAGCGGUUAUAUAACGCCAGCAGGUCGCGGGAGAAGCUGCUGAACGUCGCCUCCUCAGCCCGGCUCUGACAGCUGUAACCUGCUCCGACAAACCCAGACAGACCGAGAGAGAGACGGACAGAGAGACACACAGAACCACAACAACACAGCAGCAUGGAGGAGGUGUGAGUCUGCUGGGAGAGACAAGACGGAACACUGAGCUGAAGAUGGAUUCAAACCCGUUAAUAAACGCCAUGGACCCCUCCAUCACGCUGUGGCAGUUCCUGCUCCACCUGCUGGAGGACCAGCGGCAGCGUCACCUGAUCUCCUGGACAGGUGAAGAUGGAGAGUUCAAGCUGCUGGAUGCUGAAGAGGUUGCACGUCUGUGGGGGCUCCGCAAGAACAAACACAACAUGAACUACGACAAACUGAGCCGAGCACUGCGAUACUAUUACGACAAGAACAUCAUAAAGAAGGUGAGCGGUCAGAAGUUUGUCUACAAGUUUGUCAGUCAGCCCGACCCCUCCCUGCCCGAUGGCAUACGCAACGGAGACGAGGGCCAGAGGAGAGACACUGCUGACCCUAACAGCCAAUCAAAAGGCCUUGUGGGCGUGACCUCAACCUGUCCGUCAAAGGGCUUACCCCAGCGCUCAUCACCCAGCAGUUCUCAGAAAAGCUCCCGUAAUGACUACAUGAAAUCAGGCCUCUACUCCACCUUCACCAUCCAAUCACUACAGGCCUCCCCCAACCCCCGACCAAUCAAAGCUGAGCUGCUGCUGCAGCAAGAUCCCGCCCCCAAGGUCGAUCGAACGGCCAGGGAGGUCUGUGUGUUAGCAGAAUCUAAAUCUUCUCCAUCAGUAGGUGGCGCUGUUGACUCCGCUCUCCAGGUGAUUGUCACUCAGCCGUCUCCCUGUCCGACUCCAUCGCUCAGCCCCCAGAUACCAGCCAGCCAAUCACAGAAUCCUCCUCUGAACGACCCUCCCCAGAUUUAUCUCACCAGCGUCGGGGAUCCUUCCUCCCUCAUCCCUCUGGCUCCUGUCGGGGGUGCGGUCAGUCCCGUCCCUCCCCCCCAUGUGUCGAUGGGCCCUCAGGGGCCACAGCAGGACGACUGCGGGGGAGUCGCCAACCCGGCUGGCUUCCCGCCUCACUCCCAUACCGGUCCUCACUCGACUCACCCCCCACCUGUCUUUGUCAUCAUCAACCCCCCUCCCCCCCAGCAGCAGCAGCAGCAGCAGCAGCAGCAGCAGCAGCAGCAGCAGCAGGCGGCCAUGAUGGCUGCUCCUCCAACUGUCGCUCCUCCUCCCUCCGUUCUUGCCCCCACCCGUCCUCCUCCUCCUCCCAUCGUCAUCAAGGAGGAGAACCUGCCAUCAGAGGAGGAGCUGCUGGAGAUGGUGUCUCUGGAGGAGAAACAGGUGGAGGAGGUCCCUCAGCUGAUCUGUGGCCCAGGUGAGCCAGAGUCCCCCCUCACCAUUGCAGAGAGCCCGCCCCCUCCCUGCAUGGAUCCUGGGGUCAGAGGUCAGCAGCCUGCAAGGGAGGCGGGCGUGGAGGAGGAGGGCAAGGACACGCCAACAGAUCCCUCCGUCCCUGCAGUGAUCUCUUCCUCAGCUGUGACUCCUCCUGUGACCUCCACGUCGGACACCGUUCCUCCCAAACCAAAGAAGCCUCGAGGCCUGGAGCUGCCCUCCUCCCCCUCCCUGCCCCCUGGCCUCUCCCUGGAUAAGGUGAACGCAGCUGUCAACAGUUUAUUGGCUCCUGGAUCAGCGACAAACACGCUCACCCCGACUGUCAUCACCUCCCACGCUCUGACUCCGGUCCUGUUGACUCCCAGUCCUCUUCCCUCCACCAUCCACUUCUGGAGCACGCUCAGUCCCAUCGCUCCUCGCUCCCCGGCUAAACUCUCCUUCCAGCGUCUGCACGUGAUGUCAUUUCAAAUCAGUACCAGGACGCAUUAUUCAACAUGGAUGAAUACUACAGAGGGAACACAACAGGUUCAACACAGGUUAGAACACAAUGAUGAUCAGACCAGAACACCAGCAGGUCCAGCUGCCGGGUGA